GUGACAGAGUUCAGAGGAGCAGGGAGCAGCCGCAGGAGCAGCAGCAGCCAUUUUAGCUGCGCAGGACACAUCUUUCCGCCUCCACCUCAGCCAUGGAGAGGUUGAUCUGACUAUCAACUGACAUUUCUACCAAACUGGUUGUGGAAGAACAGCUACCAUGGUGAUUAUGAAUCACUUGAGUGUCGAGGACUCAGACGACGGCUCUCCACUGCUGCCUGAGGCUGCGGAGGCUGCGACACCAACGCCUGUCUUUCACAGACAGCGAGCGGCCACAAAGACCGACUCCAGGGAGUUUUUCCUCAGCAGGAGCGCGAACCUCAUCGUCAGUCUGGUGCUGCUGGUCGGAUGCUACUCUGCUAUCCUGAUUCCUGCUUACCUCCCCUUGGAUAGGGAGGCAUCUCUCGGCGAUGACUACCAACAACCCAAAGAUCUGCUCCUCUUAAACCGCUCAGCCUCCCUGCUGACAGACCCCUGUCAGCCUCGCUGGUGUCUGAAGCACCUAAAGACCCUGGCCUGUUCCGCGGGCCUCCUCGACAUCCCUGUGUUCGUGCAGCAGGACAGAUCGGUGCCCUGGGAACUGUCCCCGCCUCUGGGGCUCCAGGGAAGUGAGGAGCAUCUGGCCCUGGCUCUUGCCUCCCUGCCUCAGCCUGGCCUGCCUCCAUCACUGAGGGGUGAAGGCACCUGCAGGCGGUGUAUGGUGGUGGGCAACGGAGGGGUUCUUCAUGGGAGCCAUCUUGGAUCCCAUAUAGAUCAGUAUGACAUCAUUAUCAGGCUGAAUAACGCUCCAGUGCCUGGCUUCGAGAGGGAUGCCGGCUCCCGCACCACCAUCCGCCUGAUGUACCCAGAGGGAGCGCCUCACUCUGCAAACGAGUACAAACAGACUACCAUGGUUGCUCUGGUGGUCUUUAAGAGCCUGGACCUGGACUGGCUGACUUCUGUCAUCACCAAACAGCCCCUGAGCUUCUGGUCCAAACUGUGGUUCUGGAGGGAGGUGGUGGAAGACAUUCCUCUGAGACCAGAGAACUUCAGGAUCCUCCACCCGGAGAUUAUUCACAAGACGGGACAAGUCUUGCAGAAAUAUACUCUGAAACAGGGAAACAUGGUGCCGACGCUAGGCGCCAGCGCCGUGGUGAUGGCUCUGCAGCUGUGUGACCAGGUCAGCCUGGCAGGGUUUGGGUACGACAUGCAGCAUCCGGAGGCCAGGCUCCACUACUACGAGACCAUACGCAUGGGCGCGAUGAAGGCUCAAGUGGUGCAUGACGUCAGCGCCGAGAAGCUCUUCUUGAGGGACCUGGUGGCUGCAGGAGCCGUGACUGACCUCACAGGGGCUCUGUGAGUCAGCAUGGCAGAGACUGAUAAUUCACUGAACUCCACACACACUCCUCUCUCUCUCUGUCUCUCUGUCGCUGUCUCUCUCUCCCUCACUGUGAGCCUGCAUGGAGUCCUCCACACUGUGCCCCGCUGGACGAGUCCAACACAGCGUGGGACUGACCUUUAAAAUGCUCACAGUCUCCAGGGUUGACUGACGAGUGAACAAAUUAAACUGUGAAGGUUAGACAAGCCGACGAUUGCAGAAGCUAACAGCCAUAUCUCAUUUAAAACACCAGGUGUAACCAGUGACCGUCAGCUGGAAGAAUAUAGGAACUUAACGAUAAUAAAUGCAGUGGUUCGUGCUUUUUAAAUGAUGUUUACAAUGACUGAAUAAAUAAGCAAAUGUC